AUGCGGUCCAGUAGUGAAAAGGCUCCCAAGUCAGUGGAAGACAGUCAUGGGUGGUUCACCAGCGAGGCAUCCCAUUCUCCACCGAAUGAUUCCAUCGAACGUGAAGAAGCAGCGAACAUGAUCAGGCAGAAGAGCGCGAUCCACGAAAGAAGUGAAGGUGCGUAUCAUAGUCGCAUUCCUUGCAAGAAGGUCUUCGCGAUGGAGCACUCCACUACCUUCUCACCGCCAGGGAGUACAGAUACCCUGGACAGCAGAAUCAUCACCUUUGAAGUGGACGAGGACGUUUGGGUUUUGAGGCCAGUGGGUCUUGAAGAAGGUACCCGAGGCAAUGGAGGGCACUUUCGCGGAUUGUUCACCCCUAGGAUCGACAGAGAAGAUGACUUUGAAGGUGACGAAGCUGCAGUGUUGUUGUAUCCACGGCCAGGCGUAGUACGGGAGCGGCGGUUGUACAUCAUUCAAUCCAUUCGUCGUCGAUCUCGCACAUCCAAAGAUGAGGGUCUCAUUUCAGGAGCUGCCGUUCCAUCACCAAGUGCGCCGUCAUUCCAGCGUGGAGCGAGAUCAGCCCACUUACUUCCACCAGAAGUACAACAAGCAUCAGCACCAUUGAAGUCUUCAACGACUCCAAUACAGUCGCAGAUUCAAUCGCCACUCAACUGCGGUGGACAGUGGAUGCACAACUGGCAUCCCCUCAAAGACGCUCAACGAAGAGGGGAGCAGUCUCAGCGACGCAUCGUCGGUCUUGGAGGCAUUCUGACGUGGGGUGAAUUGAAAGGAGUGGGCAGUUGUCACAUUGAAGUACGGUUGAGGGUGAUAGUGCUGCGAGGCGUCGAUGCGAGCGAUGGGAUCAGACUUCCUCAGACCAAUCCCAUCUUCUCGAUGCCUGUCAACCGGAAGGAUGGGCCCGCUUGGCUUCACCACUUGCACCAGAAAAGUGACUCUCAGGUCCUCGACCGGUCAGAUUUCGACACAAAAGAAGCCUCGGGCGAUGUAAGAGGAACCAGAAAGAGGCUUGUUGAAGACUGGUCCGGUGCACUGCGGUCGUUUUCAUCUUUAUGGCAGUAUUGGCUAGAAACCAAGGCAUCCAAGGAUUCGAACAUGCUUCCACGAUGUCUGUCAGAUUUUGACCGCCUCGGAGAGGUUCGAAUUCGAUGUUUAGUAUUGAGGUACAUUUUCGAGUUCCAGAGCAGAUGGCUGCUGGAGCUGGAGCUGGAGCUGAAGUCGAAGCGGAACAAAGCCGAGAAAUCUUUAUCACGUGAUUGCACUUUGAGUUCAACUCUCAUCGGCGAUCCGACAAACUCUAUACAUACAGAAAACUUUAAAUCGACUUCGGCUGGAUCAUGGGAUAUGAGAAGGUUUUUUGGGAAAAAAGCCCAUUUCUGUCCGUUCGAUGCUGCGACAUGUAGAAGCCAUCGCCGUGACGACGCUGCCGGCUUGGUGCAUCCUCACCAAAAUCGAGCAUCGCCAAGAUCGACUUCUACAUGCUCAAUACAACGUGAGACCUGA